AUGGAACCCACGUCAGCAGCUCCUCCCGACAGUACAACCGGCGGCGACCCGGAUCCUUCUCCGUCGACCGGGGGAGGGGGAGGAGGAGAAGUAGGACCGUCCGCUACACCAACGACGACGUCGUACCACGUCGCGCCGCCGAGCCGGUACGAGUCGCAGAAGAGGCGGGACUGGAACACGUUCCUGCAGUACCUGAAGAACCACAAGCCGCCGUUGGCGCUGGGGCGGUGCAGCGGGGCCCACGUCAUCGAGUUCCUCAAGUACCUGGACCAGUUCGGGAAGACCAAAGUCCACGCCGCGGGCUGCCCUUACUUCGGCCACCCGAGCCCGCCGGCCCCUUGCGCCUGCCCGCUCAAGCAGGCCUGGGGCAGCCUCGACGCCCUCAUCGGCCGCCUCCGGGCCGCCUACGAGGAGAACGGGGGCCGGCCCGAGUCCAACCCCUUCGCGGCCCGGGCCGUCCGGAUCUACCUGAGGGAGGUCAGGGAAGCCCAGGCCAAAGCUCGCGGGAUCCCUUAUGAGAAGAAGAAGCGAAAACGACCUGCCGCCCUUCCCACUGCUGCAAAUGUGUCGGUGGCCGCUACUCAGACCGUGCAGCCGCCGCCGCAGCGGCCGUCGGGAGAUGACUCUUCUUCUCUGCCAGCUGGCGGUGGUGGUGGGGACAAUAGUAGUAGUAGUAGUAGAGUUGGUGCUAGUUCCGGCAGCGCCGCCGCUGGUUCUGGAAGGGCGACUAACGUUGUCACUAGCGCCGCUGCCUCUUCCACAGUACUAUAG